CGAACAAGGCUUCGAAUUUUCCAACCACAGCUAUUUGCGAAAGCAUCAAUUGGUCGGCAGCAUACUUCACAUUCCGCCUUUAUUUCCUUGUCGCUUAGCCAUUCAGGAGUCAGAAUCCUACCGAACCGAGACGGAAUGACUGAACUCGUUAACAAGAAACAAAAGCGAGCUGACUAUCGCCAAGCUCAAAAAGAAAAUGGGAUCUCUGAGCUGCCUAGGAAAAAGUUCUACCGCCAAAGAGCGCACGCCAAUGUCUUCUCAGACCAUAACUUAGAAUAUCCGAAAACCCCCGAUCACAUGGAUUGGUCCACCUAUUUCCCUGCCUUCGCUACCACGACCGAUUCUCUCACUACAUCUCAGCCCGCCGAGACCAGCCUAGUGAACGCGGCUGAUAUAUACCCCAGAAAACUGAGUAAAGAGGUCGAAGUAGUUGAUAUAGGCUGUGGAUUCGGAGGGCUGCUCGUGGCAUUAGCGCCCGUAUUACCAGAUACACUCCUCUUGGGUAUGGAAAUUCGUAGUUCGGUUGCCGAGUAUGUCCAGCACCGCAUUGCUGCACUGCGUACCCAGAACCCAGACACGAACCUCUAUCAGAAUAUUGGCUGUCUACGGGCGAAUACUAUGAAGUUUCUGCCCAACUUCUUCCGAAAGGGCCAGCUUACCAAGGCAUUCAUAUGUUUUCCCGAUCCUCACUUUAAACAUCGCAAACACAAAGCUCGGAUCGUAUCUACAACGCUUAACUCGGAAUAUGCAUACGCGCUGCGACCUGGCGGCAUCAUAUAUACCAUCACCGAUGUUGAGGACCUACACUAUUGGAUGGUGCGACACCUGGAAGCGCACCCGUCUUUUCAGAGAAUAUCGGAAGAGGAGCAAGAGGCGGACCCUUGCGUUGAGAUUAUGAGGACCACGACUGAAGAGAGCAAGAAGGUCGAGCGAAAUAAAGGGCAGAAGUUUGUUGCACUUUUCAGACGUUUAGAAGACCCCCCUUGGUAAUGAACGGGAUUUGACUGAAAUAACAGCUUAUAUUCACUUUUUAUAGUAGCUUUAACAGUGGCUGUACCUAUCGACUAUGAACUCAGCAGCUCGCUACUUGACUACACUGGCAAGAAAAGGAAAUGAAAUGUAUAAUAUAACAGCAUAGAGUACCUAGAGCACUUUUAAAGCAAUCAUGAGAUACCUCCGGUAGAUAGGUACUGCGCCCCAUCUCUACAC